CGAUGCCUUGAACUUCGUCAAUCUCUUCUUCAAUGGACUCCUCCUCCUCCUCCUCCUCAUCAAAUCCUACAAUCACCCACGACGACGAACUCGAUCGAUUCCUCGACGCGCCCGAUGAAUUCUACUACGAUUGCAUGCCCCCGACCCGUCGCCAUUCCCACCGUCAAUACUCGUCUCCCUCGGCUAAUCCCUCCGCCGCGAAUCUCCGUCGGAGAAACUCGGCACCUCACCGGAACUCGAUUCGCUCCGAUGUAGAAACGGAACCGUCCUCCUCCUCUUCCAAUGGAUUCAAAGUCCAUGACGCAAUCGAAUCAACCAAGGACCUAAUUGACGUAACCCCAGAGAAAGAUAACGACUUUGUUGUAACUGAGUCGGGUCAGGCCCGGGUUGACCCGUUUCAGGAAAGCAGAGAGAAAACAGACGAAUCCAUGGAUGUAACAGAUUCGGAUCGGGUUCGGGAAGGGGUUAGCUUGACCGAAGAAUCAACAGUGACCACCGUGAGCGAUGAUCGGGAACACGACAAUGCAGGAUCAUCACCACCGGAGCUCCGAGAACCCAAUCAAACAGAAUGGUCUCUCCUUGGCUAUUUGGUUGGGCUAGUGUUGAAAGCAAUCGAAUUUCAAUUCAAUUUGUUCAUCAGCCUUGUAAAGUAUCCACCUUUGUUGCUCCACUGGUGCUUCCUCUUCUUUUUCGAUCCCUUCAGCACCAUUAGGCUCGGUAGACGCUUUAUAACGACAGUGAUAACUAACAAGCUGAGUUGGUUCGAAGAUACCAAACGAAUGUUGAACGUUGCGUGCAAGUGUGGAUGGGGUUUGUUUUACGCUGUGUACGUAGGCGCUGUGUUGUUUGGCUUGUUGCUUUUGUCGCUUAUGCUUGGUGGGUUUAUGAUCAACCGUGUUGCCGAUAAACCGUUUGUACUCAAGGAGGUUUUGAACUUCGAUUACACUAAGAACAGUCCAGAAGCAUUUGUGUCCAUAACCUCGUGUGAUGGAAGUUGCAAGGAGAGUAAUGAAAUGUUGAAGAUCAGAGGGGUUCGAGCUAUCCCUCGUGACCACAAGCUAGAGAUCACUCUUUCUAUGACGGUACCUGAGUCUGAGUAUAAUAAAAACCUCGGCAUGUUUCAGGUUCGGGUUGAUUUCUUAUCUGCGGAUGGUCAAACGCUUAACAGCAUAAGGCGUCCGUGCAUGUUGAGAUUCAGAAGCGAGCCUAUCCGUCUAGUUCAGACGUGUGCUUUUCUGAUCUGUGUUGGAUUUGAGGCGAAGGAGAAGAAGACUGCUCCAAUGGCUGAUCCUGAACUAGAAGCUAUUCGACAGAGGAGAAUGCAAGAGCUCAUGGCUCAACAUGGCACUCAGGGGAAGCAGGGGAGUCAGCAGAAUCCAGAUCAAGAGAGAGCACAGGAAGAUGCUAAAAGGGAAGCUGAUGAACGUAGACAAAUGAUGCUUAGUCAAAUCUUGUCUUCCCAAGCCCGUGAGAGAAUUGCUCGAAUUGCCCUGGUGAAACCUGAGAAAGCUAGAGGUGUAGAGGAUGUUAUUUUGAGGGCUGCUCAAAUGGGACAGAUUGUUGAGAAGGUUUCUGAGGAGCGACUUAUAACGCUGCUGGAACAAAUAAACAGCCAGACAACCAAACAGACUAAAGUCACGAUCCAGAGGCGUCGUGGGGUGGAUGACGAUUAGGAAGAAGGAGACUAUGCUAUGCUUUUGUAUAUCUAUGGAGAUCUCACUGUUGAGUUGGUGAGUUCACUAAGAUGUACUUUAAGUGUUACUGUGAAAUAUGUUUAUUAUGAGGGAAUCUUGAUGAUCUUCCAAGUGAUUGGGAUGAGAUCAUAAAAGUAAUCUGAAACUGAAACUCUGCAUUUUAUCUUUUUGGCAUUUCCUCUGUGAACCAUCUCUAUCUUCCUCUCCUGUCCUCGCAUUGCCUUUGUAUGAUUUGAAGUAUUAUUCAGAAAGAGAAAUGAUUAUGUUCUAAUAUCUACUACUCA